GGCCCACAGGGAUGGACUGCUGCUCCAGCCUGUCCAGUUGACAUUUACCAACUUCAUGGAUGAAAUAGAUGUGGAAGAGUUUUCGUCAAAUAAUGACGUCGCUAGAGACUCGCCUGACGCUGAGGAACUAUCACCUAACGUCUCGACCUCGCCUUACGCUGAGGAACUAUCACCUGAUGUCUCUACCUCACCUGACGCUGAGGAACUAUCACAUGACGUCUCGACCUCGCCUUACGCUGAGGAACUAUCACCUAACGUCUCGACCUCGCCUGACGCUGAGGAACUAUCACCUGAUGUCUCUACCUCACCUGACGCUGAGGAACUAUCACCUGAUGUCUCGACCUCACCUGACGCUGAGGAACAAUCACCUGACGUCUCGACUUCACCUGACGCUGAGGAACUAUCACCUGACGUCUCUACCUCACCUGACGCUGAGGAACAAUCGCCUGACGUCUCGACUUCACCUGACGCUGAGGAACUAUCACCUGACGUCUCGACCUCACCUACCCGAGAACACCCCUUUCCUAACGUGCUUACCCAUCCGUCUGUUCUCGUACAACCUCCCGUUGUCGUCUCAACCUUUCCAGGUAAUUUGGAACCACUUUCAGAAAGGAAUUCGACCAGCUACCCUUACCAUAAGGAACAUUCAUCUCCGCCCAACAGCUACCAGAAACCAGGAACUUCUGUUCCUAACGCCAUUACUGUGACGAGCACUUCCCCACACAGCAAAAUACCUGUUCCUUUCCUGACGGUACUGUCUGAAGAGACAGUGGCUGUCUCGCCCACUGUCUCUACACUAACACCUGCGGUACAUAAUUUAUCCACACCAAAGGACGAUAAUCAUAUUGAAAUGAUGGUUUCGCGUCCAGAUUACCUUGAAUCUGGAGGAUUUAACUUAAUUAAGGUUAAAUAAUUGUAGUAGUUUUUAUUUAGUUUGCAUAUUUGUUACUUGCAGUAGUGUAUAGUAAUUUUUUAUUUAAUUAUAUUUAUAAGAAAUUUUAUUAAAAAUACAAAAGUGCGAAAUGACUAACUUAAAAUAUAA